AUGGGUUCUAUGUUUAGGAGUGAGGAGAUGGUACUAUGCCAGCUGUUUGUGCAACCGGAGGCAGCUUAUGUAUCCAUGUAUGAACUGGGAGAAGCUGGAAUUGCACAAUUCAGAGAUCUCAACCCUCACGUGAACGACUUCCAGCGUCGCUACGUAAGCGAAGUGAGAAGAUGCAGUGAAAUGGAGAGGAAACUGCGAUGGGUGGCCGGCGAGUUGCCAGAACCACCUCCUCCGCCCAAACCUUCUAAAGGAAGCCUUAGUCCUAGGGAGAUCAACAUACUUGAAGAAAGAAUCGACUACAUCGAAUCAGAAAUCCAAGAAAUCACUCGUAACGCGCGCAAUCUGAAAAGCGAUUACUUAUCUUUGAUAGAAUUCAGAACCCUCAUUGAGAAGACACAGACUUUCUUCCAAGAUCACAGUGCACAAAGGAAAAUUUCAGCUUCAGUACAGAUAUACAACAAUGAUGCGGUAUUGGGACAUCUAGGGUUCAUUGCUGGAGUAGUAGCAACACACAGAGUACCGUCCUUCGAGAAAAUGCUCUGGAGAAUAUCACACGGAAAUAUAUUUUUCAAACAGGCACAGCUUGAAAAACCUCUAAAAGAUCCUGUAACGGGCCACGAGCUUCUGAAAACAGUGUUCGUUGUAUUCUUCCACGGUGAGCAAAUCAAGCUCCGCGUCAAGAAAGUCUGCCACGGUUUUAAAGCCACGUUAUAUCCUUGCCCCGCCACAUAUAAAGAUCAGCAAGACAUGUUAUCAGGCGUUGUUUCUAGAAUCAGAGACUUGGAAAUAGUCCUGGAACAAACAGAACAACACAGGCAUUUGGUGCUUGCGAACAUUGCGAGAGAUCUGAGUACAUGGAUGGUCGUCGUCCGCAAGGAAAAAGCUAUUUACCACACCCUAAACAUGUUCAGUAUGGACAUAGUGAAGAAAUGUCUUAUAGCGGAGUGUUGGGUACCAAAGAAAGACGUUCACCUGGUAAAUAAAGCGCUGGAUGAGGGGGUGAAGGCGACUGGUAGUCCCAUCCCAUCUAUUCUGCAUUACGUCCCCACUUGUGAAACACCACCGACGUUCAACAGAACCAACAAAUUUACCAAAGGUUUCCAGAAUCUUAUCGAUUCAUACGGAAUCGCCAGCUACAGAGAAGUAAAUCCAGCUCUGUACACCAUCAUUACAUUCCCGUUCUUAUUCGCUGUCAUGUUCGGUGAUGUGGGCCAUGGUAUUCUUAUGACGGCAUUCGCUGCAAUAUUAGUAAUAUUUGAAAAGAAAUUCUUGCAAAUCAAAACAGAUAACGAAAUAUGGAAUAUAUUCUUUGGUGGAAGAUAUAUUAUACUGCUAAUGGGUAUAUUCUCGAUAUACACUGGCUUGAUAUACAAUGACAUGUUUUCAAAGUCAUUAAAUAUAUUUGGAAGCAGCUGGCGGAAUGUGUACAGUGAAAAUAUGCUACCUAACCAUUCGAUGUUAGAGCUGGAUCCUAAGACAGCUUAUAUAAAUACACCUUAUCCAUUUGGAAUGGACCCUAUUUGGCAGUUUGCUUCGAACAACAUAAUCUUCUUGAACUCAUUUAAAAUGAAAUUGUCGAUAAUAUUCGGUGUUAUUCAUAUGGUGUUUGGUGUUACAAUGAGUGUGGUAAACUUCAACUUUUUCAGGAAAUCAGAGAUGAUAUUGCUGCAGUAUGUACCUCAAAUACUGUUUCUGUUGCUGCUGUUUUGGUACCUUUGUAUCCUCAUGUUUAUGAAGUGGACCAUGUAUUCAGCUUUUUCAGAAGAUCCCGCAUAUGGUACAUCUUGCGCACCAUCAGUCCUUAUCAUCUUCAUCAAUAUGAUGCUCCUAAAGUCGUCUGUAGAUAACCCGCCGUGUCGUGCGUUUAUGUAUGAUGGACAAAAUGAACUCCAGCGGACAUUUUUAGCGCUGGCAUUCUUAUGCAUACCUGUUAUGUUGUUGGGCAAACCAGUGUAUAAGAUUAUGGUGGCACGGAAGCGAAAGCAGCAGUAUCAAGAGACUGUGGAAGAUGGAGGUACCCCUGAAAACAACGCUCAUGGGAAAGAAAACAUGGGCGAAGUUCUAAUCACACAAGCCAUACACACCAUAGAAUAUGUGUUAGGGGCGGUGUCACACACGGCUUCGUACCUGCGGCUUUGGGCGCUGUCACUUGCUCAUGCGCAAUUGUCAGCGGUACUCUGGCAGCGGGUUCUUCGUAUGGGUAUGGGAACCUCAUUGUUAGCGUCAAUUAAACUAUACGUCGUGUUCGCAGUUUGGGCGUUCUUUACGCUGGCAAUACUCGUGCUCAUGGAAGGACUGUCUGCCUUCCUACACACAUUGCGGUUGCAUUGGGUCGAAUUUAUGAGCAAGUUCUACGAAGGUCAAGGCUAUGCCUUCACACCAUUCUGUUUCUCCGACAUUCUGGAACACGAUGACGAACCCAUAACCGUGGAAAGCAACGGCGGACUACACGAGUGA